AUGAUGAAGGGUUUGGAAAACAAGCCCUAUGAGGAGCGUAUGAAGGAGUUGGGAUGUGCAAUGGCAUCAGAACAAGACUCUGGACCCACCCUACGAUACCCUGGAGAGGAAGUGAUCACCAUGCGUCCAGCUGAGGGAUUGGUGAACAUUGAGGAGGUCUCCUUCAGUUUUACUGACGAGGAAUGGGCCCUGCUGGAUCCAGGACAGAGAGCUCUGUAUGAGGAGGUCAUGCUAGAGAUUCAUGAGAUGGUGGUAUCUGUAGGAGAUGUUUGGGGGAUCCGCAUUAAGGGGGAACCAUCAGAAGUGGCACCAGAAAGAGCUGAAGAGCAGGAGGAACAACAGAAACUGGGGGUUCAAGUUGGAACCAACAGUCAACAAAAACCGUAUGAAUGCCGGGAGUAUGGAAAAAGCUUCGUUCACAGUGAGUCCCUCACUAAGCAGGAAGGCACUCAUAUGGGGGACAAGCCUUAUAAAUGUUUGGAGUGUGGAAAGAGCUUCAAUAAAAGUAGCCAGCUCACUACCCAUCAAAGAAUUCACACAGGGGAGAAACCUUAUGAAUGUUUGGAGUGUGGAAAGAAAUUCAGUCACAAAUACUCCCUUACUUUGCAUCAAAGAACUCAUACAGGCAGAAACCCUUAUAAAUGUCUGGAAUGCGGACAUAACUUCAAUAGGAGAGGCCAGCUCACUAUACAUGAAAGAACUCAUACAGGGGAGAAACCUUAUAGAUGCUGGGAGUGUGGAAAGAGCUUCUUUGACAGUAGCUCUCUUACCUCUCAUCAAAGAAUUCAUACAGGAGAAAAACCUUACAAGUGUUUGGAAUGUGGAAAGAGCUUCGUUCGGAGGAGCCACCUCACAAGACAUAAAAGAACUCAUACAGGGGGAAAACUUUAUAGAUGCUGCGAGUGUGGAAAGAAAUUCAGUCACAGUGACAACCUGACUAAGCAUCAAAGAAUUCACACAGGGGAGGAACCUCAUGCAUGUUUGGAGUGUGGAAAGAGCUUUCGUUACGCUGCAUCCCUUACCCUUCAUCAAAGAACUCAUACUGAGGAAAAGCCUUAUAAAUGCUGCGAGUGUGGAAAGAGCUUCAGGGAAAGAAGCCACCUUCGUUCGCAUCAAAGAACUCAUACGGGGGGGAAACCUCAUGAAUGUUUGCAGUGUGGAAAGACAUACCGGCACAAUAGCUCUCUUACCUCGCAUCAAAGAACUCACACAGGGGAAAAACCUUAUAAAUGCUGCGAGUGUGGAAAGAGCUUCAAUAAAAGUGGCCAGCUCACUACCCAUCAAAGAAUUCACACAGGGGAGAAACCUUAUGAAUGUUUGGAGUGUGGAAGGAACUUCAGUCACAAAUAUUCCCUUACUUUGCAUCAAAUAACUCAUUCAGGCAUAAAGCCUUAUAAAUGUCUGGAAUGUGGACAGAACUUCAGUAGGAGAGGCCAGCUCAUUAUACAUGAAAGAACUCAUACAGGGGAGAAACCUUAUAGAUGCUGGGAGUGUGGAAAGAACUUCUUUGACAGUAGCUCUCUCAUCUCUCAUCAAAGAAUUCAUACAGGGGAGAAACCUUACAAGUGUUUGGAAUGUGGAAAGAGCUUCGUUCGGAGGAGCCACCUCACAAGACAUAAAAGAACCCAUACAGGGGGAAAACUUUAUAGAUGCUGCGAGUGCGGAAAGAAAUUCAGUCACAGUGACAACCUGACUAAGCAUCAAAGAACUCAUACGGGGGGAAAACCUCAUGAAUGUUUGCAGUGUGGAAAGACAUACCGGCACAGUAGCUCUCUUACCGCGCAUCAAAGAACUCAUACAGGGGAAAAACCUUAUAAAUGCUGCGAGUGUGGAAAGAGCUUCAUUGACAGUAGCUCUCUUAGCUCACAUCAAAGAAUUCAUACAGGGGGGAAACCUUAUAAGUGCUGUGAGUGUGGAAAGAGUUUCAGUCAGAGUGGCCCCUUUAAUCGGCAUCUAAGAACUCAUACAGGGGGAAAAACCAUAUAAACGUUUGGAGUGCAAGAAGAGCUUUAAUCAGAGUAGCAAACUUACUAAACAUAAGAGCUUUGGCAGCAGAACCUACCUGACUAGACCUCAAAAAAUUCAAAUAGGGGAAACAU